AUGAGAGGUUUCAAUAACUAUCCAAAUAGAUAUGCAAAUUUCCCGGAUUACACAAAUCCGUAUGUAAAUUAUCAAGCGGCAGCAUACGGGCAAUUCAGGACAAAUUAUGGAGAUUUUACCGGACAUACAAAUAUGACGAAUAAUCAUAGAGAUGGAUCAAGUAAUUUAGGAAAAAACUUAAUGCAAAUAGAUUGGAACAGUGUAAAAUUAGUUCCUUUUGAAAAAAAUUUUUAUAAAGAACAUGAAGAUAUAAGUAAUUUGAGCGCGAAAGAAGUGAAAGAUAUUCGAGAUAAACAUAGAAUCACGAUUUUAGAUGGAGAUGAGGUUCCUAAUCCAGUAGAAUCAAUAAAUAAAAUUGGUUUUCCAGAUUAUGUUUUAAAGUCUUUAAAAAAUAAUAACAUUAUUACCCCAACCCCUAUACAAAUACAAGGUUGGCCAAUAGCAUUGUCAGGAAAAGAUAUGAUUGGAAAAGCCGAAACAGGUAGUGGUAAAACCUUAGCCUUUAUAUUACCAGCAUUUGUUCAUAUUUUAGCUCAACCAAGUUUAAAAUAUGGUGAUGGUCCAAUUGUUUUAGUUUUAGCACCAACAAGAGAAUUAGCUGAACAAAUUCGUCAAGAAUGCAUCAAAUUUUCUAUUGAAUCCAAAAUAAGAAAUACUUGUGCAUAUGGUGGUGUUCCAAAAAGUGGACAAAUUUAUGCACUCAAACAAGGUGUCCAUAUUUUAAUUGCUUGUCCAGGUCGUUUGAUUGAUUUAUUAGAACAAAAUGUUACGAAUCUUAUGAGGGUUACUUAUUUAGUUUUAGAUGAAGCAGAUAAAAUGUUAGAUAUGGGUUUCGAAAUACAAAUACGAAAAAUUGUUAACCAGAUUAGACCUGAUAGGCAAACUUUAAUGUGGUCAGCUACAUGGCCAAAAGAAGUUCAAUCUUUAGCAAGAGAUUUAUGUAAACAGCAACCAAUACAUGUUAAUGUUGGUUCAUUAUCAUUAACUGCAUGUCGUAGAAUUAAGCAAGAAAUUUAUCUGAUUGAGGAACAUGAAAAGAUAGCAAACUUGAAGUUACUACUUCAGAGAAUAUUCAGAGAUAACGAUCGAAUAAUUGUAUUUGUUGAAACGAAGAAAAAUGCAGAUUUUAUCACAAAGGCACUUAGACUAGAUGGUGUACCAGCCUUAUGCAUACAUGGGGAUAAAAAGCAAGAUGAAAGAAGAUGGGUAUUGAAUGACUUUAAAACUGGAAAAAGCCCUAUUUUAAUAGCAACAGAUGUAGCUUCAAGAGGGUUAGAUAUAAAAGAUGUAAAAUAUGUAAUUAAUUUUGAUUUUCCAAAUCAAAUUGAAGAUUAUGUGCACAGAAUUGGUAGAACAGGUAGAGCAGGAGCUCACGGGGCUUCUUUUACCUUUUUAACAUCAGAAAAAUAUAGACUAGCCAAAGACUUAGUUAAAAUAUUAAGAGAAUCUGAACAACCUGUACCACCACAAUUAGAAAAAAUUUCCUACACUGUUUACAGUAAUCCAAGAAGAAACCCUUAUUACGGUUAUGGUCGUUCGUCUCACAAUGUAAAUAACAUUCCUAUAAAAGGAAGUAAUAGAUACUAUUAA